AUGUCGGUAGUCGUUGGAGAACACCUGCCUUCGGCCGGUGAAAACACAACGCCAGCACCAAUUACCCACGACGAUAAAGCAUCACAAUAUUUGGGAACGCUCAGCACAACAGCAGCUCUUGGAACCUCCAUGCUGUCUAUGAGGCAACGGGCGCACUUCGAGACAACCAAGCGGGUGCUUGCUGCUGCAGUAAACGAGCGUCUGGCCAGCGCAACCAUCGAGACAUCUGAAAGCCCCACUUUGUUGUUGCGUGCACCCAAUGCUCAAGCCCCGUAUGAUGGCAUCUGGAUUAAGUGUGGUAUCCGCGCUGGUGCCUAUGUUGAAAUGGACGGCCUCAGGCCCAUUGGAUUUGUGCGGGCCGAAGACCUGCUCACUCCCGUGCUAGUUGGGAACACACCGGGCGAGGCAUCUGAGGAGUUUGACCCGAUCCCGCUGUGCCGCAUCAUUUGCAGUUGGCAACCUGAAUCGGCCCAGAGUGGUUAUGGGGACCUAUUGAUGAAAGAAGUGCAGAGUGCUACCGACAACCAGUUGAAAUGGCUGGAAAUUGCCGCUACUCAGCCAAGACUGAAUCUGAUGUCUCCAUUUGCUGAUUGGGAGCAGUCAGUCGUGACUGGGCAUCCUACUCAUCUGCUGCACAAAACAUGCUUCGCUCAAGCCCCUUUGGCUCCCAUUGUGCCUGAUGACAUCCCGGGACUUCUAUCGCCUGAAGUAUCGUUUAUCUCUGUCCCGAAGUCGGAAUUGAGAAUCAAUGGGCCAUUUGAGGAGUCUCUAGAGCCGCUUCUAAAAUCGCUCGGAGUUCCUACAGAGCCCGAGCAACCUGAUCAUAUCAUCGUGCCGUGCUUCACUCGUCAGCUGCCAGCUAUCAUGCCCUCAUUUCCUCAAGCGCGCGUUAUCAAACGUGUCUCCGACUGCUGCCGCGCACAGAUUUCAAUGCGGACUGUAUCGUUCAUGCCUGAAGUUGACUUCCCACACCAUGUAAAGUUGUCACUAAACGUUCAGAUCACAUCGGGUUUGAGGAUUGUUAAGCCCGCGGCUACAGUUCUUGGUCCCUUGUUUGGCAAAAUGCUACCGAAUCUCAUUCCCUCAAAUCUAUGGAUUUUUGAAGAGCCUGCAUCUGUCACGGGUGCGCAGGAUGAAUUGCUCAAGGCGGCUCAAAUAUCAUGCGUCAUUCGGAAGCUUCCAGUACAACAUGCUGAAAGCCUUGAUGAGGUACUUAUCCCCGGCGCUGGGCUAAUUCAAAAACCAUUCAACGAGGAUCAAACAUACAUGGAGAUCUUAUUUGGCCUUGAUGGCUUGAAGAAAAAGCUCGAUUGGUUUAAGAAGUAUACUGAGCUAUUGCUAUCCGCUUUCAUACCUCCGUUAGUCCGAUACGGAAUUGGGUUCGAAAACCACCUUCAAAACGUCGUUGUUCGUGUCAAUGUCAAGACAAAAGCGGUAACAGGAUUUGCUGCCCGAGACUUAGAAGGAACCAGGAUCCAUUACCCUACUUUCGUCCGCUCUGGGUAUGAUUUGAGUGAACUCCCCAAAGAUUCCAGUAAUGUUUCCGAUGACAUCCGUUCGCCUUGGGAUAAAGUACAUCAUUCCCUCAUCCAGGAUCAUUUGGGCCCUAUCUUGCACAUGCUGGGUCUGGAAUCACACGGAGCUUGGACAAUUGUUCGAGAAGAGCUAGAAAAAGUUCUAGACCCUUCUGGCGACCCCGAUGCAAGAGCCUUGCAUGAGUUCUUCAUGGAAAAGACAAUGCCCAUCCCUGGCUUCAUGGGGAUGCGGUUGAUUGGGCGUUAUAUUGAGAGCCAUGUGAUAGAUGUGCCGAAUUUUGUUCUCCGCACAUGA